AUGAGUGACAGCCCUCAGUCCAGUGGCAUCAAAGCCUUAAUCACCUGCCCUGCACUGCAUUUCAUCUCGGAGCUUGUCUUUGGGUGUCUGGUGUGUAUCCUGGUUGCCUUGUCCCUGGCGUCCAUCCCUCUUGUCCAGGGCUGGGUGAUGUUCGUGUCUGUGUCCUCCUUCAUAGGCACCACUGUCCUGUUCUUCAUGUACAUGUGUGGCGCCCACGUUCCAGCUACCCUGGACGCAGUCUACCACUGUAUCGCCUUUCUGUUUUACCUCAGUGCCUCUGUCCUAGAAGCUUUUGCUGCCAUCUCCAAACAAAGUAACUUCACGUAUGAACAAUACAUUGAAAGCGCCUUUGCAAUGCUCUGA